CGGCGCCCAUGCAGCCCACCGCGUCGUGGGCGCCCGCCGGGCUCCCCCGCGGCUGUCGCGGCCGCCUGCACCCUGGCCUCCGCCUUCCCGCCCGCGUCGGGCCGGGUGCCGCCUCCCCGCUGCCUCCCUCUCCGCUGCGGUCAUGUAGGAAAUCGUAAAUCAUGUGAAGAUGGGACUCUUGGUAUUUGUGCGCAAUCUGCUGCUAGCCCUCUGCCUUUUUCUGGUACUGGGAUUUUUGUAUUAUUCUGCGUGGAAGCUCCAUUUACUCCAGUGGGAGGACUCCAAUUCAGUGGUUCUUUCCUUUGACUCCGCUGGACAAACACUAGGCUCAGAGUAUGAUCGGUUGGGUUUCCUCCUGAAGCUGGACUCUAAACUGCCUGCUGAGUUAGCCACCAAGUACGCAAACUUUUCAGAGGGAGCUUGCAAGCCUGGCUAUGCUUCAGCCCUGAUGACUGCCAUCUUUCCCCGGUUCUCCAAGCCAGCACCCAUGUUCCUGGAUGACUCUUUCCGCAAGUGGGCUAGGAUUCGGGAAUUUGUGCCGCCUUUUGGGAUCAAAGGUCAAGACAAUCUGAUCAAAGCCAUCUUGUCAGUCACCAAAGAGUACCGCCUGACCCCUGCCUUGGACAGCCUCAACUGCCGCCGCUGCAUCAUCGUGGGCAACGGAGGUGUCCUUGCCAACAAGUCUCUGGGGUCACGAAUUGAUGACUAUGACAUUGUGGUCAGACUGAACUCAGCACCAGUGAAAGGCUUUGAGAAGGACGUGGGCAGCAAAACUACACUGCGCAUCACCUACCCUGAGGGCGCCAUGCAGCGGCCCGAGCAAUAUGAACGCGACUCUCUGUUUGUCCUCGCUGGCUUCAAGUGGCAGGACUUCAAGUGGUUGAAGUACAUCGUCUACAAGGAGAGAGUGAGUGCAUCAGAUGGCUUCUGGAAAUCUGUGGCCACGCGGGUGCCCAAGGAGCCCCCUGAGAUUCGCAUCCUCAACCCAUACUUCAUCCAGGAGGCCGCCUUCACCCUCAUCGGACUGCCCUUCAACAAUGGCCUCAUGGGCCGCGGGAACAUCCCAACCCUUGGCAGUGUGGCAGUGACCAUGGCACUACACGGCUGUGACGAGGUGGCAGUCGCAGGCUUUGGCUACGACAUGAGCACGCCCAAUGCACCCCUGCACUACUAUGAGACCGUGCGCAUGGCAGCCAUCAAAGAGAGCCCCUGUGAACGCCUCUUACAGUCCCCUCCACUGCCACCACCAGCCUUCCACUGACACCAGCCUGGGACCUGCACAUCUUGGGCCAGCGCUUUGAGCAGUCCUGGACACACAAUAUCCAGCGGGAGAAAGAGUUUCUGCGGAAGCUGGUGAAAGCACGAGUCAUCACUGACCUAACCAGCGGCAUCUGAGGUGGGCCCAGCACGCGGCCACGGAGGUCCUGGCACCGCUACGGGGAAGCAGCAAGCACCGCCACCUGCCCGCUCCAUUGGCCUCAGUCUGGCUCCGCCUGAAAGGUGCAGGAGUCUUCAGACCCAGAGAAGGACAGUGCCAAGUGGCCGCAGGGGUGGCGAGGCCCUGGCAGGGCAGCCAGAGCUGUGUCUGCCCAGAGGCCAGCCUCAGAGACCAGCGCUUGGCCUCGUUCUCGGCCUGGGGCCUUGAAGCCAGAGGGCCGGGAGGCCGCCGGCCGUGCCCAGCAGGCCCAGCAUGCAGGAGGUGGACAUCAGGCUGCAAGGCUGCUGCUGGACUCAUUUCUCCAAUCAGUGUUUGGUGUAUUAUCAUUUUGUGAAUUUGGGUGGGGGGGAGGGGAGGGAUAAUUUAUUUUUAAAUAAGGUUGGAGAUGUCAAGUUUGGUCCACUUGCCAUGCAGAAAGAGGCCCACUAGGGGGCCCGUCGGGCUCCCUGUAGAGUGGGGGUGCCGUGACUAGCCUGUGCCCUGCUUGGGGCUAGAGGGAGGUGGGCAGGAUCUCAUGCCAACCCCCUCCAGCCCAUGACACUGUUUUGGCCUUUCUUGAGGAGAAGAUGGGGUAUUCCCAUGCACCAGCCCCUAACUACGCCACAGGGAAACCCUGGAGCCAUCGUUGAAGCCGACAAGGCAGACCCUGGGUUAAGCAGAGAGAAGUUCAGAGCUCGGGUGGCGAGGCCUGGCCUAGCGUGAUGGGAAUGCCCCCCCCCCCUGCCGCCCCCUGCCCCCCCCCGCUCCACGCCGCUGCAGCUGAUCCACAGGACAGUGCCCCAGCCUGGACUGACCAACUUGGCAGCUGUUCUAGAUUUCGGCAACGACACUGUCAGGUCCUUGGGCUCUGCCUUCAGCCUGGACCAGAGGGAAGUGAGGCUCAAGGACCUUACCCAGGCUGUGGCAGCCACCCUGGGCAGCCAUCCUGGAAGCAAUAAAGCUCUUCCCUGAA